GUGGUGUCACCCAGCAUUGUCACGGAUCCCUCUGGUUUUCCCUCCCUGCAGCUCGCGGCAGCAGCCGAAAUAGACGAAGAACCCGUCAGCAAAGCAAAACAGAGCCGGAGCGAGAAGAAAGCUCGCAAGGCAAUGUCCAAGCUGGGCCUUCGCCAGGUGACAGGAGUCACCAGAGUCACCAUCCGGAAAUCCAAGAACAUCCUCUUUGUCAUCACAAAGCCAGACGUGUACAAGAGCCCGGCGUCAGACACCUACAUCGUCUUUGGCGAGGCCAAGAUCGAAGACCUGUCCCAGCAGGCUCAGCUGGCAGCUGCCGAAAAGUUCAAAGUGCAAGGAGAACCUGUUUCCAACAUCCAGGAAAACACACAGACCCCCACCGUGCAGGAGGAGAGUGAGGAAGAGGAGGUUGACGAAACCGGCGUGGAGGUGAAAGACAUCGAGCUGGUGAUGUCGCAGGCGAACGUGUCGCGGGCGAAGGCCGUGCGAGCCCUCAAGAACAACAGUAACGACAUUGUAAACGCGAUAAUGGAACUGACGAUGUAGCCGCCGGAGGGAGGAGCCUUUUUUGGUGUUUCAGAGAGAAGAGUAAAAUACGUCUAAAUUUAAAAUUUGUACUAUUUCUAUCGGUUAAUAAAGUUGUGGCUUAUUGUUGGUGAAA